UGACAAGAUGGCGUCGCGCUGUUGCCGAGGCGGGUACGGAGAGGGGAGGCGGCUCGUUGUCGUCGUCGUCGCGGCCGCGGCCGGCGGGGACUUGUAGUUGGCAGAGCCGCGGGCGAGCGUGACGAGUACGAGUAGCAGCCGCAGCAGCCGUUAUCCGGGAUUCUAAAUGGCUGCUCCGAAGUCAAGGUCCGACUUUCAUGGGUCCUUCAGUUACCUCGAUGACGUCCCGUUCAAGAUAGGAGACAAGUUCAGAGCACCAGCCAAAGUUGGCUUGCCCAUUGGCUUCUGUUUGCCUGACUCUCCACAGCUUGUAAGGGAAGCCCAGUAUGACUUCUCCUUGGAAAAGAGGACUAUUGAGUGGGCUGAGAACAUUAAACGAAUUCAGGCUGCCCAGCAAGAGGCUGAGCAGAGGGCUGAGGAGGCCCUAGCAAAUAAAAAAGCAACCUUCGAGGAGCAGAAGCAAGCAGGCUUCCCGGAUAGCGGCUGCCCAGAGAACGCUGUGCCGCCUCCCAUGAACCCCAUCAUUGCUAGCCUGCAUCACAACUACAUCCUCAUUCCUACCCCUGCCAACAGCAGCACCGCAAAGCAGAAAGUUCUGAGUCCACCCCAUGCGAAGGCUGAUUUCAACCCAGCAGAUUUCGAGUGCGAGGAAGACCCCUUUGACAAACUGGAAUUAAAAACACUCGACGAUAGAGAGGAGCUGAAGAACAUUCUGCAGCUCCAUGUUGGUACUCCGGGGCCAAUCAUGGCCCAACUUCUAGACAAUAGCUUGCCCAAAGUAGCACCCGAGUCUGUAUUACAAGACCAGGAGGUCUUGGCGUCCUUGGAAAGGGCCAGUUUGGACCUCAAGCCCCUUCACAAACCAAAUGGUCUUAUCGCUUUACCGCAGCUGGGGGGUUGUGAAAAGAUGUCCCUGUCUUCCAAAGUGUCCCUCUCACCCGUGACGUCGGUGAGCAAUAUCAAGUCGCUCUCCUUCCCGAAGCUUGACUCGGACGAGGGCGACUUGCAGGCAGCAAAGCUGGCAAGCACGUUCCCCGGCCCAGCCUGCCUUCGCAACGGCACUCUCCUCAGCUCGUUGCAGAGCAAAGCCAGCGAACUGAAUGGGCAUCAUGUGGCAGGGCUUUCUGACCUCAGCGUGGACGGUGGCCCAGAGGCACAGACGUUGCCCCCCACAUCCAGACUGCCUUCCCUACCCAGCUCAGUAGCAUGUACAGAUGAAAUUCCAGUGCUCACCACAGCCACGGUGGUAACUCACCAAAGUUUCCUGACGUCUCAAGUGCCCAAUACCACCAGCUGUGCAAAACGGCCUGGCGGCUCCACGUAUGUCAACAUGCUGCAGGCCCUUUCCUCUAGUGAGCGGCAGUGUGUUGAAACUGUUGUCAACAUGGGCUAUUCCUACGAGGAUGUCCUGAAAGCAAUGAAGAAGAAGGGCCAGAACAUAGAACAGGUCCUUGACUACCUGUUUGUCCAUGGGCAGCUCUGUGAGAAGGGCUUUGAUCCACUCCUUGUAGAAGCUGCUCUUGAAAUGUAUCAGUGUUCAGAGGAGAAGACAACAGAACUUCUCCAGCUAAUGAGUAAAUUUAAAGAAAUGGGAUUUGAAUUGAAAGACAUUAAAGAGGUUUUAUUAUUACACAACAAUGACCAGAACAAUGCACUGGAAGAUCUAAUGACCCGAGCAGGAGCCAGUUGAAGAGUGUGGGAAGGAGCACAGACAUUGCCCUGCUCACCAGACCCUUUGCCGCCGCCAUCAUGUGGCUCUCCCUGCAGGCAUUGGAAGGAGGACAGCACCGCAAGGAUCCUGCCUUUCCCAGAUGCCGAGAGAGCUGGGGGAGCAGCUCUGUGGGCACGCAUCACUCCAGGGUGCUAUUCCCAGCGGAGAGACCCCAGCCCACGUUCUUCGAUUAAAGUUUAAGUGUCCUUUUCCUAAGUUUCCUUUUUUUGGCUCGGCCACGGAGAAUUUUGACUGGAGUUGUACAUAGUCAGACCAGGCUAGUUGUAUUUCUCCCCAUCCCACGUCUUGCACUGGACUCAGCCUGGCUCUGAAACGAACAAUGCUUUGGCUCCUUGAAGCUGCUUUCAUUUGUGCGUCUGCUUCUACUGAAAACAUUUGACCCUUGGUCAAGAUUAACACAAGUCCACCUUUAGUGCAAUGGAAUUUCAGUUUUAUUUGGUGGAGGGGGGAGGCUUUGGUUGAAGGUUAGCGUGUAAUUUAAGUGUGACACUGGUUCUGAAACUGCCUCUAUGCAUACAGAGAAGCUGCAUUGCUUCCUUUUCUGGUGUUUUGGCCCUGGCUGCCCACACGCUCUGGCUAGUGUGCUUGAACAGAUAAGUUCUCAGAACAGGUAAGCUGUGAAACCCCACCUGGACCCCUUGCCCAAUGGCUGGUUUCUGAAGUCUGAGGAAGAGACUUGAACCUUUUGGCUCUACUGUCCUCCCCAGACUGGUUGGUUUUAUUAUUAUUAUUAUUUAAGCAGAGACCCAUCUGGGAACUCGACUACUCCAUUAGUUUAAAAUAAACACAGUGUGAAAUUGGA